AUGUACAAACGUCGGGACCAUGUGGAUCUUUACGAGAAGGAUCAGGCUAAAUGGGCUUUACUCCGAAACGUCAACACUGUUGUGAAACAAAGCACGUUGCUACCGGGCGACUACGUGUGGUUGGACCUGAAGAGCGGUAGAGAGUUUGAAGUUCCGAUCGGCGCAGUGGUCAAACUUUGUGACUCGGGACAGAUCCAGGUGGUGGAUGAUGAAGGAAAUGAGCACUGGAUCUCCCCUCAGAACGCCACUAACAUCAAGCCCAUGCAUCCCACCUCCAUCCAUGGCGUGGAGGACAUGAUCCGCCUGGGAGACCUGAACGAGGCCGGAAUCCUACGCAAUUUGCUCAUCAGAUACAGCGAGAAGCUAAUUUAUACAUACACAGGAUCGAUCCUGGUAGCAAUCAACCCAUAUCAGCUGCUUCCUAUCUAUACGCCAGACCAGAUCCGCCUGUAUACCAACAAGAAAAUUGGCGAGAUGCCUCCUCACAUCUUUGCCAUUGCAGACAACUGUUACUUCAACAUGCAGAGAAACAAUCGCGACCAGUGUUGCAUCAUCAGUGGAGAGUCUGGAGCGGGAAAGACCGAAAGCACCAAACUGAUCUUGCAGUUCCUGGCAGCGAUCAGCGGUCAACACUCAUGGAUUGAGCAGCAGGUUCUGGAGGCCAACCCCAUUCUGGAAGCCUUUGGAAAUGCAAAGACCAUCCGCAACGACAACUCGUCCCGCUUCGGCAAAUACAUCGACAUCCACUUCAACAAGAGAGGAGCCAUCGAGGGGGCUAAGAUUGAACAAUACCUGCUGGAGAAGUCGCGAGUCUGUCGACAGGCUCAGGAUGAGAGGAACUACCACAUUUUUUACUGUAUGUUAAAGGGCAUGACGGCAGAAGACAAGAAGAAGCUGGGCCUCAGCAAGGCAACAGACUACACAUACCUCACCAUCGGAAAGUGUACCGUUUGUGACGGGCGUGACGACAUGAAGGAAUACUCCAACAUACGCUCCGCCAUGAAGGUUCUGAUGUUCACUGAUAAAGAGAACUGGGAGAUUUCCAAACUGUUGGCAUCCAUUUUACACAUGGGCAAUCUGCGCUAUGAAGCACGAACAUAUGACAACUUGGAUGCCUGUGAGGUCGUACGCAGCCCGCAUCUUUCUACCACGUCAACGCUGCUAGAGGUGGACGGCAAAGACUUGAUGAACUGUCUAACGAGCAGAACGUUGAUCACAAGAGGAGAAACCGUUUCCACGCCACUCAGCAUGGAACAAGCGCUUGACGUCCGCGACGCCUUCGUCAAGGGUAUUUACGGCCGUCUGUUCGUUUGGAUCGUCGAGAAGAUCAAUGCUGCCAUCUACAAGCCUACAUCCUCACACAGCAAAGUUGUCAGACGCUCAAUAGGACUGCUGGACAUCUUUGGCUUUGAGAACUUCACAGUCAACAGUUUUGAGCAAUUGUGCAUCAAUUUCGCAAACGAGAACCUGCAGCAGUUCUUUGUGCGUCACGUGUUCAAACUUGAGCAAGAGGAGUACAACCUAGAGAACAUCAACUGGCAGCACAUUGAGUUCACCGACAACCAAGACGCCCUCGAUAUGAUUGCCAUCAAGCCCAUGAACAUCAUCUCGCUCAUCGACGAGGAGAGUCGAUUCCCCAAGGGCACAGACAGCACCAUGCUGAACAAACUCAACUUCCAACACAAAGUGAACAGCAACUACAUUCCGCCCAAGAACAACCACGAGACUCAGUUCGGCAUCCAACACUUUGCCGGGGUAGUCUACUAUGAAACAAGAGGCUUCCUGGAGAAGAAUCGGGACACGUUAUAUGGCGACAUCAUCCAGCUGGUUCACUCCUCCAAGAACAAGUUUGUCAAGCAGAUUUUCCAGGCUGAUGUUGCUAUGGGGGCAGAGACCAGGAAGCGUUCUCCCACUCUCAGCAGUCAGUUCAAAAAAUCUCUGGAGUUGCUCAUGAGAACGUUGAGCGUCUGUCAACCUUUUUUUGUACGCUGCAUCAAACCCAAUGAGUACAAGAAACCCAUGCUGUUUGACCGGGAUCUGUGCGUGCGCCAGCUGAGGUACUCUGGAAUGAUGGAGACCAUUCGCAUCCGUCGCGCAGGCUAUCCUAUCCGUUACACCUUUGUGGAGUUUGUGGACCGCUACCGUGUGCUCAUGCCUGGAGUCAAACCCGCCUACAAGCAGGAGGAUCUCAGAGGAACCUGUCAGAGAAUCGCUGAAGCCGUGCUGGGCCGAGACGACGACUGGCAGAUGGGAAAAACCAAAAUUUUCCUCAAGGAUCAUCACGACAUGCUGCUGGAGAUUGAGAGGGACAAAGCCAUCACGGACAAGGUCAUCCUUAUCCAGAAAGUAGUGCGAGGUUUCAAGGACAGAUCAACCUUCCUGAGGAUGAGGAAGUCGGCCAUGCUGAUUCAGAAGACAUGGCGAGGAUAUCAAUGCAGGAAGAACUAUGGCGCUAUGCGGGCGGGCUUCUCUCGCCUCCAGGCUAUAGUGCGCUCCAGGAAGUUGUGCGCGUCCUACCACGUGGCUCGGCAGCGCAUAAGCGGUUUCCAGGGUCGGUGCCGAGGCUUCCUAGUGCGCCGCGCCUUCAGACAUCGACUGUGGGCCUUGAUCACUAUCCAGGCGUACACCAGGGGAAUGAUUGCUCGCAGGCUUUACCGCAGGCUCAGAGGCGAGUACCGAAGGAGACUGGAGGCUGAGAAAAUGCGUCUGGCCGAGGAAACCAAGCUGAGGAACCAAAUGUCGGCCAAAAGAGCCAAGGCUGAAGCGGAACGCAAACAUCAAGAACGUCUGGUGCAGUUGGCCAAAGAAGAUGCUGAACGUGAAAAAAAGGAAAAGGAGGAAGCGAGAAGGAAGAAAGAGCUGGUAGAGCAAACGGAGAGGGCUCGUUUGGAGCCCGUCAACGACUCAGAUAUGGUGGACAAGAUGUUCGGCUUUCUGGGGACCACCAGCUCUUUUCCUGGCCAGGAGGGGCAAGCCCCAGCCGGCUUUGAGGAUUUGGAGCGGACCCACCGUGAGCUUGAGGAGGAAGACCUGGACGAGGCUCUUCCUCUGCCAGAGGAUGACGAGGAGGAGGAUCUAUCGGAGUACAAGUUUGCCAAAUUUGCCGCCACCUACUUCCAGGGAACAACAACGCACACAUACGUGCGCCGACCACUCAAGCAGCCACUGCUUUUCCAUGAGGAUGAAGGAGACCAGCUGGCGGCUCUGGCUGUGUGGAUUACUGUGUUGCGGUUCAUGGGAGAUCUACCUGAACCAAAGUACCACACGGCCAUCAGCGAUGGGAGUGAGAAGAUUCCGGUCAUGACCAAAAUCUAUGAGACACUUGGGAAGAAGACAUACAAGCGGGAGCUUCAAGCCCUCCAGGGGGAGGCAGAGACUCCUCAACCUGAGAGUAAUCGCAAGAACAGCAUUCGACACAAGCUGGUGUCUCUCACCCUGAAGAAGAAAUCCAAGAUCACAGAAGAGGUCACAAAGCGUCUUAACGAUGGUGAACACGGUCUCCAUGGCAACAGCAUGUUGGAAGACCGGCCAACAUCAAACUUGGAAAAACUUCACUUUAUCAUUGGUAAUGGCAUCCUGAGGCCAGCGCUGAGGGAUGAGAUCUACUGUCAAAUCUGCAAACAGCUGAGUCAGAACCCAUCCAAGAGCUCACACGCUCGAGGUUGGAUCCUCAUCAGUUUGUGUGUGGGCUGCUUUGCGCCGUCAGACAAGUUCCUAAAGUACCUAAGGAACUUUAUUAGCAGUGGGCCACCAGGUUACGCGCCAUACUGCGAAGAACGACUCCGAAGAACAUUCGUUAAUGGCACUAGAACACAACCUCCAUCGUGGCUGGAGCUCCAGGCAACCAAAUCCAAGAAACCCAUCAUGCUGCCUGUGACAUUUAUGGAUGGGACCACUAAAACAUUGCUGACAGACUCGGCGACCACCGCCAAGGAGCUCUGCAACACACUGGCCGACAAGAUCAGCCUACAAGACCGAUUCGGGUUCUCGCUCUACAUCGCACUCUUUGACAAGGUGUCAUCUUUGGGCAGCGGAAACGACCACGUGAUGGAUGCUGUGUCACAGUGCGAGCAGUACGCCAAGGAGCAGGGAGCCCAGGAAAGGAACGCACCCUGGCGACUGUUUUUCAGGAAGGAAAUCUUCACUCCAUGGCACUGCGCUACGGAUGACACAGUCGCCACCAACCUUAUCUACCAGCAAACUGUCCGGGGCGUCAAGUUUGGAGAGUACCGAUGUGAGCGGGAUGACCUAGCAGAACUAGCAUCUCAGCAAUACUACGUAGACUAUGGAGCAGAAGUCCUGCUGGAACGCCUGCUGAGCCUCAUCCCAUCCUACAUCCCUGACAGAGAGAUCAACUCCUCCAGGACGGUGGAGAAGUGGGCUCAUUUCAUCAUGGCUGCCCACAAAAAGGGCAUCUAUGCCCAGAAGAGGUUUGACCCCCAGAAGGUUAAAGAGGAAGUGGUAGACUUUGCUCGCCACAAGUGGCCUUUGCUCUUCUCUCGAUUCUAUGAAGCCUUCAAGCUGUCCGGUCCAAGUCUGCCUAAAAAUGACCUCAUUGUCGCCGUCAACUGGACCGGCGUUUACUUUGUGGACGAGCAGGAGCAGGUCCUGCUAGAACUCUCCUUCCCAGAAAUCACUGCAGUUUCCAGCAGCAGGGGCGGAAAGCUACAGAGUCAGAGCUUCACACUGGCGACCAUCAAAGGAGACGAGUACACUUUCACCUCCAAUAAUGCUGAGGAUAUCCGAGACCUAGUGGUGACCUUCCUGGAAGGACUGAGGAACAGGUCCAAGUUUGUUGUGGCACUGCAGGACAGUCCCAACCAGAAUGGUGAACCGUCAACAUUCCUGAGCUUCCAGAAGGGAGACCUGAUCCUGUUGGACCAGGACACAGGCGAGCAAGUUCUGAACUCAGGUUGGGCGCACGGUGUUAAUGAGAGGACCAAUCAGAGAGGAGACUUCCCGGCAGACUCUGUCUAUGUCCUUCCUAGCAUGACGCGACCGCAGCAGGAGAUUGUGGCGCUGGUUACCAUGACUCCAGAUCAAAGGCAGCAGUCAGUGAGGGUGUCACAGCUGGUCCUGCCCGACAGUGAAGACUCUGUCAAACCUUACACGCUGGAGGACUUCUCCUAUGACUACUUUAGGCCACCCCCCAAACAUACUCUGAGCAGGGUGAUGGUCACCAAGAAUCGAGGAAAGGACAAACUAUGGAGCUGCACCAGGGAGCCUCUCAAACAGCCUUUGCUCAAGAAGGUGGUUCAACAUGAAGAGCUCGCUCAGGAGGCCUGCAUGGCCUUUAUUGCUGUGAUGAAGUACAUGGGUGACUACCCAUCCAAGCGCAUUCGUUCAGUCAACGAAUUAACAGACCAGAUCUUUGAGGGUGCACUGAAGGCCGAACCCCUAAAGGAUGAGGUCUUCUGCCAAAUCAUCAAGCAGCUCACAGACAACCACGUCAAGUACAGUGAGGAGAAAGGCUGGGAGCUUCUGUGGUUGUGCACGGGUCUCUUUCCUCCCAGCAACGUGCUGCUGCCGCAUGUCCAACGCUUCCUGCAGUCCAAAAGGCAACACCCGCUCUCGGUUGACUGCGUACACAGGCUGCACAAAGCAUUACGAAACGGGUCCAGGAAAUACCCUCCCCAUCUGGUGGAAGUGGAGGCCAUCCAGCACAAGACCACGCAGAUCUUCCACAAGGUUUACUUCCCUGACGAUACGGACGAGGCAUUUGAGGUAGAGUCCAGCACCAAAGCUAGGGACUUCUGUCAGAACAUCUCCAGUAGACUGCUUCUCAAAUCCUCAGAAGGCUUCAGUCUCUUUGUUAAAAUCUCUGACAAGGUGAUCAGUGUUCCAGAAGGAGACUUUUUCUUUGACUUUGUCCGACAUUUGACAGACUGGAUCAAGAAGUCACGGCCAGUCAAAGAUGGAGUGGUUCCAUCUUUGACCUACCAGGUGUUCUUCAUGAAGAAGUUGUGGACCAGCACCGUUCCAGGAAAGGAUUCUUUCGCCGACUCCAUCUUCCAUUACUACCAAGAGCUGCCCAAAUAUCUGCGUGGCUACCACAAGUGUUCGCGGGAUGAAGUCUUCCAGCUGGCGGCUCUCAUCUAUCGAGUCAAGUUCGAGGAUGACAAGUCCCACUUUCCCACUAUUCCCAAGAUGUUGCGAGAGCUGGUCCCUCAGGAUCUCAUUCGCCAGAUGUCGCCAGAUGACUGGAAGAGGUCCGUGGUGGCGUUCUUCAACAAGCAAGCCGGUAAAUCCAGAGAAGAAGCCAAGCUGAUGUUUCUCAAAAUCAUCUACAAAUGGCCGACAUUUGGCUCCGCCUUCUUUGAAGUCAAGCAAACCACAGAGCCCAACUAUCCAGAGAUCCUGUUAAUUGCCAUCAACAAACACGGAGUCAGUCUUAUUGACCCCAAAAUAAAGGAUGUUCUGAUUACCCAUCCCUUUACCAAGAUCUCAAAUUGGAGCAGUGGGAACACAUAUUUCCACAUCACCAUCGGAAACCUUGUCAGGGGAAGUAAACUCCUCUGUGAGACCUCCCUGGGAUACAAGAUGGACGACCUGCUGACGUCGUACAUCAGCCAGAUGCUGACCGCCAUGAACAGGCAGAGGUCCGAGCGCGCUCACACCAAGUGA